GGAUGUGUCGUCAACUCGGCCAUUUUGCUGUUUUCUCGCGGGCACAGGAAAGGGACGUGCGCUGCAGGAAGCGACCUCCGGCUGAAACGUCGAGUGAAGAAAGAGGCUCGUUGAGGCAGGUGCCACACUGACAGCCAUGGACAAGCGACAAUGUGUACUACCCAGCAGCGACGAAGAGGAUCUUGACGCGGAGGUGAAGCCAGUCAUCGUCGGAGUCACCCAACGCCAGCCGCGGAACAGCCGACUGCUUAGGCCUUGCAGUAUGGAAGGCAGCGACAUCGAGGCCACACUAAGCCGCCGUCUACACGAGGCAGUGCUUACGGACGACGCGAGGGGCGUAGCGGCAGCUCUGUCGUCGGGUAUCCUGACGGCCGACGACCCAAGCAAAGAAGGGGGCGGCUGCACCGCCAUCUUGGAGGCCACGCGCCUAGACCGAGCUGCCGUGGCCUCGGUUCUGUUCGAAUUCGGCUGCGACCCGUGCCUGGGCGACAACCGCGGUUGGACAGCGCUGCACGAGGUGUUCAGGAGCCCCGCCGUGGCCGCUCUCCUUUUCGAGCACGUGCCACCAACGUCGUGGAGGCGCGUGGCUGACUCCGUCUACGGCCUAACGCCGCUUCACUCAUGCGUCAAGGCGGCUGUGUCCUCGAGCGCAGCACCUACAGUGCCACAGUUGGAGGUCAUCCGUGAGGUCGCUUCGCGGUGCAAGGCGGACGCUGUCAGUCUGGAUGGCGACACGUGCUUGCAUUUGGCUGCUUCCGGGCGCCACGACCGACCACAAGUUGUCCGGCUGCUGCUGGAGGCAGCGCAUAUCCGCAACGUGCAGAAUACACGCGGCGAGACGGCCUUGCACUUGGCCAUCAUCAAGGGCCAUUACGAAACUGCUUCGCUGCUCAUUCAGGCCACCACUGAACAGGACAUAGCGACGGAGGAGCAAAAUGGAGUGAAGGAGGAUUCCUCCGCGAGCGAAUCUGCAGAUCCACCUGGACCGAGCGUGGAGGCUAGUGCAGCGAAAAUGACGAGGGACACGCAGACAGCUGACGUGCUCGACCCGUCGCUGUGCGACCGCUUUGGUCAAACGGUGCUUCACUACUGCGCCUCACGCAACGCCGCCGACCUGCUCGAGUUGUUGCUGCAAAACUACGGAGUCCGUGAUGUUCAAGACCUCCGGGGCGACACGGCCCUUCACGUGGCUGCACGCCGCGGCCACGAUAAGUGCGUAGCGCUGCUGUUGGGCGCGGGCGCCGACGCGAGCCUUCGAAACGACGAAGGCAUGACGCCUUUGGACAUGGCCGUCGCUGCUGGCUUCGCGGAUGCCACACGACUUUUGUACGAAAGCGCCACGGAACCCUUGCUUCGAAACGCGGACGCGCUCCGCCGGCACGAUUCAGUGCGUCGUUGCACAGUCAUCGGCAAAAUGUUCCUGAGCGUUGGUUGAACUGAGGCGCCGGCUCUCGUUUCAGCUGUGUCAACCAGAGUGCACGAGGUGCCGGAAAGAAAAUUCAAGGUGUACAGUACUUGAGCAGUGUUGCGAAUGAGACCAAGUGUUUUGAGACGCAUUUGCAGGGUGUGCAAAAUUCACUUCUCAACGCAAUACGCUAACAUUAAGGAGGUCUUGAUCAUUGUUCCAUAGACUGUUUUUCCCACUCAAGAGCAUAGCUAUUCACAUUCACAAUGGGUCUCUCAUACGUAUGCAUGGCGAUGUGGUGAUUCGUCUGUUUCGCAAGAUAACAUAACAUGUGUCAACGCACUACUUUUAUUUAAAUAAAAAAUGUGUUUUCGAGGUGUG